AUGGGGAAAGGCAUUAAUAAAUGUCAGCAAUCUAGUAAAUACAUGUACAUGCGAAGAAUUGAAGCACUUGAAGAAUCAGAUACGAUUCUCAAGCCACGCAUGCGCAUUAGUAAAUUAAGUGUCGUCUGCUCAGAGAAAACUUGUAAACUAUGGCCAAGACAAGAUGUAAAACCAACAAGAGGGUCAGGAAAAAUAACACCCAGUAUACUUUGUAAAGUGGUUGGUGUGAAGAAGGGAUUCUGUCUGAAGAAUCCUUACCAAAGCAGACAUUGGAGUAGAGUGCAGUUCUGUGCAUUUAAUGUGAAAAAUAACAGACAGCUCACAGAAGAGAAGAGGAGUAAGCGCCGCUUCUACAUAACACAUCACUCUGGUUGUGCAGGAGACAAUGGCUGGUUGACCGUCAAUGAGGGCUCACUGUAUUGUCCGUUUGAUACCUCAAACCACUACCCUUUUAUCCGUUAUUCAGACAGCAAAUUUAAAGUCAUAUGGAGCAAGGGAAGUGAAUGGAUUAAAGCCUAUGCCAUAUCAAAAGGAGCAAAUUCGUCAAUCUAUAAUUCCUUCCUCAAUAUAGGAAGUCCUUCAACUUGGAAUGUGGACAAAUGCAGUGGUAUCUAUUGUCCGAAUUUCUUCCGACAUCCAAUACUUGAUAUCUGGAACCAUCUUCCAAUUGAACAGGUAAAACUUGUGCUAUACAAAAACCACGCAGAUAUUGUAACGAUGGCGUUUGAUGGCCGUAAUACAACCCUUCAAAGCUGGUUCUCACUCAACAAUCUGAAAAGUUCUCCAUGGACUGACCUGAUACCAGAGAACAACCAUCAUUUCUCAGUGGCUGGAGUUGGAAACCUACGCGGUUUCUAUGUAGCAGAGGCUCGUGGUAGCUGCUUGACACACCGUGGUUGGUUGGUAAUGAUGGACGGUUUCCAAGGAGGAUGUGGUUGGGAGCAAUCAGACCAUUAUCCUACAAUCCUCUACUCUGAAACGAAUUUGAGUACGAUGUGGCACGACGGUUAUGGAGAAGCUGAUUCCAUGGCCAUAUUCAUCCAGCUGUGACGAAAUAAACUAACCACAGGAUUAUCUACCGCAAUUGUUACCAAUCCUUAACGCUUACCAGCCCCUAACGCUUGUUAUGCGCAUGAGUGGACAUGCGCAUAACAAGCACAUUAUAUAUGUUUAAACUAAAACUUUAAAUAAUUCUACAUAUGCGAAUAUUUAUCAUGGAUCCUAUCAUUCUUAAUAAAUUUUCAUUGUGAAAUUA